UUUUUUUUAAAAAAAAAGAUAAAAUGCAACAUAAUCUUUUGUUCAUUCCCAUUCACCAAGAACAACAUAUUCAAAGUUUACUCCAAUGGCACUAACCAACUAAAAUAUACUUAAAAAAAUCCAUAAUUUUUCCUACCCAAAAAUUAAGGAAAUGCCAAUUUUUAAUGUAUCAUCUUUAGGAGUUGGUUCAAUAUCGAGCUUUUGUUUUAAUUCACAAAUUUCACCCAAUGAUUCAACUAUUAGUUCUUGUGCCUUAUCUUAUGCUUCAUAUAAUUACUUCCCAUAUACUAGUAGUAAUAAUCUCCUGAAUUUCUGCAGAAAAUGUGGAAUUUCUAAAUACCCAUUUCAUGCAACUCAAAUUAAUUCUCCUUCUGAUGCUCAAAUUGCUGAAAAUUUGGAUGGUAGUCCUCUUUCUCCUGAUUCGGAACCCACUCGUCCUAUUCGGAGGCCUGCUGACUGGGAGGCAGCUAAGAAGUAUAAAGAAACUGGAUCCAUCUAUGAGGGAAGAAUUGAAGGUUUCAAUAAUGGUGGUUUGCUAGUUCGUUUCUACUCGCUUAUCGGUUUCCUUCCUUUUCCACAGUUGAGCCCCUCUUACUCUUGUAAAGAACCAAAGAAGACUAUACAACAGAUUGCAAGAGGGCUUAUUGGAUCUGAUAUUCAAAUGAAGGUAAUUGAGGUGGAGGAGGAGAGCAAGAAAUUGAUAUUCUCUGAGAAGGAGGCCACUUGGUCAAAAUAUUCCGAGAAGAUCAAUGAAGGGGACAUCUUUGAGGGUAUGGUUGGUGUGGUCGAGGACUAUGGUGCCUUUAUUCAUCUGCGCUUUCCUGAUGGAAAAUACCAUCUUACUGGCUUGGUACAUGUUUCGGAGGUUUCGUGGGAUUAUGUUCAAGAUGUCAGAGAUGCUUUAAGAGUGGGUGAUAUUGUGAAAGUUAAGGUUGUACAAAUUAACAGGGAGAAGUCAAGGAUUACAUUGUCAAUCAGGCAAUUGGAGGAAGAUCCAUUGUUCGAGACCUUGGACAAAGUUAUUCCUCAGGAUGGUGCAGCACGUCCCGGUUCUACAAGCACAAGUGAAAGCUAUGAUAUCCAACCACUUCCUGGACUCGAAGAAAUAUUUCAGGAGUUGUUAAAAGAAGACGGUAUUGCUGAAGUCAGAGUCAGACGGCAAGGUUUCGAGAAGCGUGUGGUCUCACAAGAUCUCCAGCUCUGGCUUUCUAAUGCACCCGCAACCGAUAACCAAUACACUUUACUUGCUCGUGCUGGAAGGCAGGUUCAAGAAAUACAGAUGACUACAACACUUGAUCAAGAAGGAAUUAAAAAAGCUUUGCAGCGGGUUCUCGAACGUGUUCCUUGAUAAGAUAUCGACAACAUCAUCGUUGUAGAACACUGAAACAACGUUUUAACGGUGUACAGUACAUGUAAUACUAUAUGCAUGCACAUCAGUGCAUUUAUAAAUCUUUCCCAUAUUAGUUACUCAAUGUAUUUUGUUGAUCGUUCUAUGAUUGAUUAAUUGAUAUACAUGGUGAUGUUGCAUACAUGAAAAGUACUUGAAAUGAAAGGAGAAAGAGAGAAUUUGGAUGGUUAAA